UAUAUACUUCAUUUAUUACUUUUUAUGGUUAGUUAGGUUUGAAUCAAUCAAAUUGACUUGUCUACAAACUUUUAGCUCCAUUUAUAACCUCUUCUAUUCUUUUCCUAUUUCUCUCAUCAAAAUCCUUUCAUUGUAAGAUUUUUUUUCCAUUUCUCAAUUUCCUCAAAGAUUGAAUGAAAUGGCAGUUGAACUUUGCUCAGAAAAUUGUGGUGUUUCAUCAGUAAGUCCAAGAAUUUCAUUCUCACAGGACUUUUCACAAACAGAUUCCAUACCUAUUGAACAACACCCCUUUAGAUCAAAUUCAUCUGGGUUGAAUUCAAGUAUUGAUUUUGAUUUUUGUAUCAAUCAAAGUCUCAAUCUUGAAUCAUCUUCAGCUGAAGAACUUUUCUCGGAUGGUAGAAUUCUUGCAACUGAAAUCAAGAAAAAAAAUGUUCCUUUGAAACAACCAUUAACAAAGUCAAAAACUCAAUCACCACCACCAAACCCUCCAUUGAAUCAUUCAUAUUCUACUCACAACAAUGAUUCUAAUGGUAAAAUAUUUACCAAAGAAACCAACAAAGAAACCAAUGAAGUGUGUGAAAAACAAAGUUCAAACUCUAAGUCAUUUUGGAGCUUCAAAAGAAGUAGUAGUUGUGGAAGUGGUUAUGGAAGAAGUUUAUGUCCUUUACCACUUUUAUCAAGAAGCAAUUCAACUGGAUCUUCUACAUCAAGUGUUAAUAGCAAGAAGAAUUCAUUGUCAAAAGAAGGUAUUAGUGUUAAAUCAAAUUCACAAAAACAUUCUACUACAAGGUUUUCUAAUUCAUCUGGUCCUAAUAGUUAUCUAAAACCACCAUUGAAUAAGAGUCAUGGAUCUCAUGGUAGUGUUAGAGUUAAUCCUAUUCUUAAUGUUCCUCCUGCAAAUUUAUUUGGUUUGAGUUCAAUCUUCUCUAAUAAUAGAGACAAGAGCAAGAAAAAGUAGCCAUAUUUUGUGACGUUAAAUAUGUUUUUAAUAUCUAUAGUUAUAAUUAUAAUUCCCGAGUUUUGUCUUUGGUCUUUGUACUGAUUUUUCAAUCUUUCGAGUUACAAAAUUUAUGCUCUUAGUCUUAGUCUCUUGCUAAGACGUGUAAUUUUAUAUUUCGUAAGACUGAAAAAUAAGUACAAUGACUAAAAAAUUUAAUGACAUAAUUGACCCUAUUAAGUUACUCUUUUACUUGCAUAUCAAUCAAUUGGGUGAGUCUAUUUUUUUUUUUCUUUGAAUUUGUUGGAUUUACCAUGUGAUUGGAAAAAUAGAUAUAUAGAUUAUACUUUUGGAAAUGAAAGGUGAAUGGUUUGCAUCAAGAAGGUAAACUAAAGUGAUAAAGAAGAGAUGUGUGAAGGUGAUAGACAAGAAUGGCAUAAUGUAGGAUUGCAGGCACAUGGACAAAACAAAAUGACAGGUAGAUCAUUAGAUGUUGUUUUCAUGGCGGUCCCUUCCCUUGCUUUGCUUGUGUUUGGUUUAUCUGUAUUUGCUAUUUGAUCUACUUGUAAAUACAUUGAUUUUAAUUAGUUUCUAUUUUAUUGUUCAUAAUUUGGAUAUUUAUUCUUUUCACAUGUAGCGUUAAUUUAGAUCUCUUUUAAGGGACUUAAUGGAAAAAGUUUUAAGGGACUUGAUGGAAAAAGUUGAUUGUACAAUUGUAAUGAGAAAAGCUUUGCAUAAAUUGAUCUA